AUGGGACAAAGUGCCAGUGCCCAAAAUACUCGACCAAUUGGAAAUCUUCCAAGCGACACUGAGGUUAAUCCUAAGGCAUCUAUUAAUGCCGUGUCAAUCAAGAAUGGGAGACAAUUAGAAGAAGUCCAGUUGAAAAAGAGAAAACAAGUGACCUUUAAUGAGAAGUCGGCCACUAUAGAGUCAAAAUUAGAAAAAUCAAAGGAGGUAGAGAAGCCAGCUGAAGAGGCGGUGGCUAAGCAACCCCCACCAAUACUUGUGAGGCAACCACCUCCAUUCCCUCAAAGAUUGCAGAAAGUGAAGGAUAAUGUCGCACAUACAAAGUUUCGUGAUAUUUUGAAGCAGGUACAAAUUAAUAUUCCACUGGUAGACAUCCUGCAAGAAGUGGCCAAAUAUGCAAAAUACAUCAAGGACAUAGUAGCAAAUAAAAGGAGGUUGACCGAGUUCGAGACCGUGGCACUCACUGAGGAAUGUAGCUCAAGAAUUCAAAGCAAUCUACCUCAGAAAUUGAAGGAUCCAAGUAGUUUCACUAUCCAAAUCUCGAUUGGUAAGCAUGCAGUCGGACGAGCUUUGUGUGAUCUUGGAGCGAUCAUCAAUUUGAUGUUGCUAUCUAUGUUCAGACAGUUAGGGUUGGGUGAGCCACGCCCAACAAUGGUAAUCUUACAGUUGGUUGAUCGCUCCCUUGCUCAUCCUGAAGGAGUGAUUGAAGAUAUGUUAGUUCAAGUUGGUUCUUUCAUAUUCCAUGAUGAUUUCAUUAUCUUGGACUGCGAGCCUGAUCAGGAAGUCCCAUUUAUUUUGGGGCAUCCAUUCUUAGCCACGAGCCGAGCUAUUAUUGAUAUAUGCAAAGGAAAGAUGACGAUGAGAGUAGGUGAUUGA